UCUUUUUGUCCCCGCGGAGUGUUGUUGCAUGGACAAGGUUCCCGCGGCGAAGACAAGGCUACAGCCAGCUACCCAAUUUUUCUAAUUUAACGACGAGCUCGAGUCUCUCAACCGUUGAAGAUGAACCAAAAGCAGAGCAGGAAAGGAAAGAGUGACAAGACAAAGGAGCGACGUGCAGCUCUCAAAGCUGAGAGAGCUAAGUUGGCAGCUGGGCGGUUCUUGGUGAAGCAGGCUAAUGGCAUGCCUGAUCCUUUAGCAAAAUUUCCAACAUUUCAAAAAUUUGAGCGAAAUGGACUGAGUUGCACUUUAUCUUGCAAGAAAGUAAGAGACCUGGCUCCAGAGACACUGGAAUGGGCUAUUGAACUCUGUUCAGGAAACAUGAAAGCAAUGUAUGAAAGAAGCAGUGCAGGCUGGCACGCAUGGGAGAAGAGAGAGGAAAUGAGUGAGGAUGCUGCCUGGUAUCUCAUUGCCUGCGACACAGACACACAGAAGCCCAUUGCUUUCUCACACUUCCGAUUUGACAUGGAUUAUGGAGACGAGGUCUUAUAUUGCUAUGAAUUGCAGCUCGAGAAGGAAUACCAAAAGAAAGGCCUGGGGAAAUUCAUGAUGCAGGUUCUGGAGCUUAUGGCCUUCUCCAACCAGAUGAUGAAAGUUGUGUUGACUGUUUUUAAGCACAACCCAGAUGCAAUGGCUUUCUAUGAAAAGUGCAAAUAUGAGGUUGACGAGACUUCUCCAGAAGAUAACUUUGAGGAAACCUUCGACUACAGUAUCCUAAGUAAAAUGAACAAAAUGAAGCCAACACAGAAGACCUCUCUUUGAACUUGACUUAAACUUAGAUCUGAUUUUUUGUUAACCUAAUAAGGGCAUUAAAGAGACUUCAGAAAAUUUGUAGUCUUUUAUCGUCCAUGAAUAUGGACAUCUUUUUAGGAAGUAAUAGCAAAAAUUGUAUUACACAUUCCACAUCCAAUCCACCAUUUAAAGAGUGUGCAAGAAAUGUUAAUGUUUUCUUAUAUUAAUGAAAAUUUUAGUAAAAUUUUAAAA